AUGUUUCAAUUGAAACAACAGGAAGAUAAGGAGAACCAAGAUGACACACAUGUUGAAACGGACAGACAAAAUCCACUGGAUAAAGAAGAUAAUAUUGUUGAGUUGACAGGAGAAAGAAACAGAAUACAUAUCCCUACAUCGCCAGUUUCUGAUCCUAAAGGGGCUGUUGAAGAAAAAGAAGAAGAAGGAACAAAAGAAGACACAGUGGGUGAUGACAAUAGUGAAUCAGCCUCUCCUAUCUCACCACCAGCUGCAGGUCCAAUGGAUGACGCACAUGUUGAAAUGAACAAAGCAAAGCAACAGGAGAAAGGAAAAGAGAAAGAAGAGAAUAUUGUUAAAGUAAAGUAACUGAAACUAAGAUUAAAUAGUAUAUUGUUUUUAUAAAAUGACUGAAUUGUUGUUGAAAUGGCUUGAAA